GGGAAAAAAAAAGUUAGCUCCGGUCGGAGAGAGAGUCAUCAUCAUCGUCACUCACUCGCAGAGGGUAGGUAAGACUCGUUGACAUUUUCCCUUGAAGCUUUUAGCACCCUCUUCUGUUGGGAGGGUUCCGAAAUGUUUCUCCCGUCUCUCAAUUUCUCUAUCUGCUAACAAAAGAUUUUGUAUUCUAGGGUCUGAUGAUGGCAAGGCUAAGGCCGAGACAGUUGGAACCAGGCAAGACUGGUCCUUUGAAGUUUGGUUUGGAUGGAGAAGAAGAAGAAGACGGUUGGGUCUUUGUCAAAAAGCAGAGAAUCAUCAUUGUCUUGCCUUCUCUUCCUCCACCUGUAGACUUCACUUUGGAUAAACCUGCAUUAACUUUUCAGUUAGAAGCUGAGUUAAGAGACGGCGUCGAGGAUGCGCAAGACAGUAAUUGUGAUCACACUGUGGUGCCUGAACAUUGUAUUUUCGACAAGCCUGAAACUUCGGUGUCACAAGCUGAGUUAAGAGACGUUAUUGCAGAUACGCACGAAACUACUCCUCCUGUUCACACUCUGGUACAUUCUCUUCCUCUACCUGAACAAUUCACUCUGCAGAAGCCUGAAGCUUCUCAAUCACAAGUUGAGUUAAGAGACUGUGUUGCGGAGACGCACGAACUUACUACUCCUCUUCCGGUAACUGAACAUUUCACGUUGCAGAAGCCUACAACUUCUCAGUUACAAGUUGAGAAAAGAGAUGUUAUUGCGGAUACUAAGAGAACUACAACGCCUCUUCAAACAGUGAUGUCUUCUCUUUCAUUACCUGACCCUUUAGUUUUGCAGAAGCCUGCAACUUCCCAAUCACAAGUGGAUACACGCGAAACUGCUCUUGUUCACACAAUACUUCCUUCUCUUCCUGUACCUGAACAUUGCACUUUGCAGAAGAAGCCUGCAACUUCUAAAUCACAAGCUGAGUCAAGAACGGAGACACGAAGAGCUACUCUCGUUCACACUGUGGUGCCUUCUCUUCCUGUACCUGAACAUUGCACUUUGCAGAAGAAGCCUGCAACUUCUAAAUCACAAGCUGAGUCAAGAACGGAGACACGCAGAGCUACUCUCGUUCACACUGUGAUACCUUCUCUUCUUGUACCUGAACCUGCAACAUCUCAAUCACAAGCUGAGAUAAGAGCAGAGACGCGCAAAGCUACUCUUGUCCAAACAGUGGUGCCUUCCCUUCCUGUAAUUGAACAGUGCACUUCGCAGAAGACUGCGGCUUCGCAGCCACAAACUCAGCUGAGAGACAUGGUUGUGGUUACUCAUGCUCACACCGUGGAACCUGAGGCCUGUCCUGAUUUCACCUCAGUAGACAAACCAGAGAUAGUUACUGGUCGCAAUGUCACAACCAGGAAAGGUUCAGCUCCAAGGAGAUCACUUCAAGAUUGUAGUAAGAAUCGGGAUAGAAGAAUGGAGAUUCACAAGAGCCGUGCUGGCCACAAGCCCAUAAGGUUUCCUAGAGUGAUGUGCAGCUCAGUUGUUAUGGAUAAUGAGAAGCUGAGAGUGCUGAAUCUGGAGAAGAAGGUUGAGAAAGCAGGCGGAUUGAACCAGUGGGUUGGAUCAAUAGGAUUGGGGAGAGAGUUUGAGAGGAUGUUGAGAGGACAGAGGAUGAAUAAGUUUCAGAUGGCAAAUUUGACAAUGGAGAAGCUUAAGCAGAUGGGUGCUUUAGCCGUUGGGCCAAGAAGAAAGCUUAUACAUGCGAUUUGUUGUGUCUAUCACCCUCAUUGUCUCCGUGCUUCCUUUUAACUGAGAACAAUCUAGUAAAGUGUAGCCAUUAAUGUGGGGGCAAUAAUACUUAUUAGAUACGUUGACUGAUGUUCAAUUAUUAUCUUUUGGUAAGUGAUAGUCUUUUUGGACCA